AUGUCUGACGCGGUACCGACCUCCGAAAUGAAGGCCGGAGAGGGCUAUGAGUUCGACGAGAACGAGAUCUUCAGCGACCGGCAACUGCAGCAGGUCAUUGAGGACGCUUUGCACGAGGAGAAGGAGAAGGAGCUUUUUUCGGAGAUCAGCACGGCUAUAGGAGCUCUGGACGAGUCUCAGGGCGACCACAAGCCGCCGGACGAGCUGACACAGGCGAUUGCCGAGGCAAUUGACCGUGUGAAGGAGCCGGAGGGUGUUCGUGAUGAGCGAGCGAUGGAUGAGAUGGAGCAGAUUGAGCAGAUGGAGCAUUUGGAGCAGAUUGAUCAGAUGGACCAGAUGGACCAGAUGGAGCACCUGGAGUCGCUCGGGUCGCUGGACUCGGGUGAGAACGAGAACGAGCUGGAGUCUGCGCUGGCCGAGAUGGUCCAAAGCGUGGUGGACGAGAACCUGUUUCCGGACAAGAACUCCGCCAAGCAGGCGGACCAGGACAUGGAGCAGUUCCAGUGGACCAAGAUGAUGGAGAAGGCCAUGGAGAUGGCCAUGGAGGAUCCAGAGCACCUGAUUUCGUCGAUGAACGACGCAGAGCCCGCUGGCAAGCAGAAGAAACGGCCGCAAAAGACCAAGCGCAGCCAGAUCAACCUCGCGAUCCAGCAGCGGCUGCAGCAGCAGGCCCGGGCGCUUCUGGCGCAACAGCAGCGCGACCGCGAGCUACGCCAGCAGGAGGGGAACAAGGACAAAGCUGGCAAGACAGACACUGCUCCGUUGCCUGCUAGUAUGCUACAGUUUACAGUUCCGACGCCGCCGACGUCGAUUCCCGCUCCGAAAAAGACAAUCGAUGGGCCUUCUGUCAUGGAGCAGUUCCAGAAGUUCCAGAAGCCGGCGGAGCAGUCUCCGUCGUCGAUCGCAGAGACGCAAGCGUUGCAACGAGGCAACUACACACAGAAUUACAGCAAGCCGGCCAUCAAGACGACUGCCCCGACGCCGCCCUCGUCGGCCUCGUCGAUCCCGUACGCCAAGAAGUCCGAGGGCUCGUUCCUGCGCACGAUUCUCACCAACCUGAACUUCUCGCACCUCGACAGCACGCAGAUCGCCGACCAGAUCUCGCCGCUUCAGCUGGACUCGAUCCGCAGCAGUGUUUCGCGGGCGGUGGAGUCGCUGAAAGGAGCCACGUCGCUCGGCAACAACAGGACCGCUCCAAAGAGCAAGGUCAAGACAGACUUUUCAGAAAUGGACGAAAAGGAACGGAUCCGGUUGGAGAACCGCGAGCGCAAAAAGCGCUGGCGGGUGAUCAACAUCGAGCGCAACAGAGACAAUGACCUGCGGGCGCGCGUGAUCAAGCGUGCGAACCAAAUCUUUGCCAGCCCCGAGGACGAGGAGAUCAAGAAAAAAUGGGUGGCAGAGGAGUUUGAGCGGCGCAAGCGCAAAAGACUCGAAAAAAACGGCACAGACAGCUCGCUCAGCACGGGCACGGACGCUGAGCAGAGCUCUGAGUCGAUCGCCGCACUGCUCGCUGAUACGCAGGUAUCUGCAAAUAUCCGGGCACUGUACGAGGCGUUGAACGGGCCGGCACGCGACGAGAACGUGUCGACGGUUGCGAUGUUUGCCACGUCGAUGGCCGCCGCAUACGUGGUGUACAACAAGUCGCUCAGCGAGAACCUGGUGCCGUCGAUCGUCAGCUCGCUCGUGAACUCGCUUAAUAACCAGCUGAACGGAAACACCAGCCACACCAGUGCGGUCAACUUUAAGGCUGUGGACCCUGCACCAAGUGUCAAACACACAGAGGAGCACAAAAAGGCCAAGAUCGACCCGGACCUGAUGAAACUGCCCGAUACGGUGGCCAAGUUCACGCAACCGGUCGCCGAGCCCGCGUACCCACGGCAGCCCCGCGCGCCUCACUACCAGAAACCGUCCGCAGACAUCAAGCCUGCUACUCCGACUGUGCGGUCGAUCGUCUCGAAGACACCGUCCGUGGAGCUCACUGGCGGGCUACGCAAACCGGGUGCGUUCCGCAAACCUGCUGGGUUCGAGAAACGCGGGUUCGGGAUCGGAUCUCUCUCUCAUAAAGACUAA